CACUAUGCAUAAAAUCGGCGUGGCAGAAAGGCAGGCUAGUUCACCCUGCCGAGAUCCACUCCACGAACUCGCUAGAGAAGAAGACCGAGCGCAGAUCGAGAGGUAGCAAUGGCGCAGGCGCAGCCAAGGAGAGAAGAGGACCCGCUCCAGGCGCAGCAGCAGAGCGACAAGGCCCAGCUGGGCCAGGGCCAGGGCCUGCAGGACCUGCAGCCGGAGCAGGCGGCCAUCAGGUACGGGCACGUGUUCGCCGUGACGGGCUACCUCGCGGGCCAGCCCAUAGCGCCGCGCGACGCGGCCGCCAUGCGUUCCGCUGAGGACAGCGUGCCGGGCGUCCAGGUCCCCGAGGGCGCCGGCGGCGGCUUCAGCGCCGCGACGGCCAUGGAGACGGCGGCGGCCUACAACCAGGCCGUCGGCGCCGUGCGCCCGGGCCAGGCCAGCGACGCCGCCGCCGUCCAGGGCAUCACCGUCACCCAGACCGCCGUGCCGGGCGGCCGCGUCGUCACGGAGUUCGUCGCAGGCCAGGUCGUGGGCCAGUACUCCGUGGCGGAUCCGCCGCCGGCCGCCGAGGAGGACGCCACCAAGAUCACCAUCGGCGAGGCGCUGGAGGCGACGGCGAGGGCCGGAGGCGGGCGCCCCAUCGACCGCGCCGACGCCGAGGCCAUCCGCGCCGCGGAGAUGAGCGCGCACAGGGCCGACGUCGCCAUGCCCGGCGGCCUCGGCGACCAGGCGCAGGCCGCGGCGCGCGCCAACGCCCAGGCCACGCGCGACGGCGACAAGGUCAAGCUCGGCGACGUCCUCUCGGACGCGACGGCGAAGCUAGCCGGAGACAAGGCCGCGGGGGCGGAGGACGCGACGAGGGUGAUCCAGGCGGAGACGUUCAACGACGCUGAAGCCCACGCCAGGGCCGGCGGGGUGGGCGCGGCGGUGACCACGGCGGCGAGGCUGAACGAAGACAACCACCUUGGCGACGCUUGAAUUUUGUUCCACCCCGCGUCACCGACUCGUUCGUUGUGUAAUGUAAUGUGACCCGUAGGAAACUGUGUGAUGGAGCCAGCUCCAAGAGGAUGCCAGUAUGCACCCGCGUGUAUAGCUUAGUUUGGUACUGUAGCUCUGUGUGCGCAGAAAUAAAAUGUCGGUUUCUGUGAUG